AUGCAGCUCAAGAACAUCAUUCUCGCCGCCUCGGUCAGCGCAGCUGCCUCUGCCGCCCCCUCUACCCAGUCCAACAAGACCUUCGGUGUCAUCGCCAUUCACUCUGGUAGCGGUGUGCAGAACGCUGCUUUUGAUGCCUCUAAGAGCAGCAUCUUCGCCGGUCUCGCCAAGCCCGGUGCCAGCUGCGCCCGCCCCAAGGAGCAGGAUGCCACUUUCUACAUCAACGACGGUGCUCUGUUCCUCUACGACAAGUCUGCCACUCCUCAGGAGAUCUAUGUCGACGCCUCUGGCAUGGGCCAGGGCAAGAUUGGAUACACCACCGGUGCUCAGCCCGCUCCCAAGAACUCCCAACGUAAGGGCUGGGCCUUGAAGGAUGGACACCUCCAGUUCUCUGGCAAGGACCUGAUUGCCUGCCCCAACAGCAUUGACGGUGCCUGGAGCAUCUGGGCCUCGGCUGGCAUUGACAACCCUGCUGGCAACACGAACUGUGUUAGCAUUGCUGCCCGCGUGAUGGAGACAUCCAACCCCAACGGUUGCAAAUACACCGAGUAA